GUGGUUAAAAAUUAUUACUCGGAAGAUUUUUCAAAUAUUAAAUAUUGAAGCACGAAAACUCUAUUUAUUCGAUAAAUGAAAAAAAAAAUGAACUCAACAAGGCGUUGAGAUUACAAUUAAAAGAACACACAUAAUAUUUCAAAACAAAAGUAAUUUGGAUAUUUAAAAACAAACAAAAGAAAGAAUUUAUUUUACAAAACAAAAAAAUAGAAGCUGAUUGCUUUAUUUUGCAUUUCAAGAUAUCAACGAAAAUUUAGAAGCCUCGGCCUGCAAUGCACACAUACAACGAUGGUUUAAAUUACGUGCCACUAUUGGCGGCUCAAAGCGCCGCACCACACAUGAGCAACGCCAGCGGAGUUUGCUUCAACUCAGCGCGACGUACCGCACGAGGGAUGUCACCGACGACAACGGCCAGCGUCAUCUGUUAUAACGGCAACUAUGAGGGCGAUCUCAGCAUGUUCGGCAGCAAGCCAACACUGGCGGCGCUGACACAACAACGCCGCCUAGAGCUGGUGGAAACCGAUUCGGAUACCGAGUACAGACGCGAAUUGGAAGCUUAUCAACCGCCACAGCGAAGUAACGCUAACCGUAGUAGUGGCAUCGAGCGACAACUGCGGCGACUGCUCAUUUACUAUGGCGAUCGUGUGCUGAGCCCCAAGCGACGUCAACAAGCCACAGCAUUCACGAGCAGAAUCUAUAAGAGUUCAUAUUAUCAGCGUAUAAGCGAAUUGCUGUACCGAGCCUGCGCCUGGACGCUGUGGCUAUUGCAACUGAUGCUAUUCACCCUGCUACGUUUCACCAACAGCAGCUAUGGUUGUUGGCGUAGUUGUAUUCUGAUGCGAAAUACAGCGCGGCGUUUGCUUUGGUGGAUGACAUUGGCGAAAUGUGGCGAUGUGAAACUUUUCGUGAUGAUACUGCUCGGCACACCGCUCGUAUUUGUUAUCGCCGUUGUGGGUCUACUACUCUCCAUCUAUUGUGCACUGCGAGAAUAUUUUAGUAAUGCAAAUUUUCUACGACGAUUUCAUGUCACCUGAAGUAACACACACACACACACACACAUACUCUGUGCCCACAUAUAGAGAGAAAUAUAUUUUUGAGCAUUUUCAACACGUUUGUAAACUUGCGAGAAGCGAUAUUAAUUAUUGACAAGCGAAAUUCCAUGUGCCACUUUUAUAAAGCGCACACGACAAAAAUAAGAUAGAUUUCUAAAUAUAUUUUUUAAUUUUAUAACUAUUAUUAAAUUUAUUUUGCAUAAAUUUAGUGCAGCAAAUAAAUUUUCGUAAUUUGCCUCGAAAAAAUAAAUAUUUUUCCUCCAGUUCGGUGACGCGUAUUUCCGUUUUCAAUUAGCGUGUGGACUGAUCAUCGUUGACACAAGUGGCUUUGUAUGACAGCUUAUCAUUUUGUAAAUAUACACCACGAUUACUAUACACAUAUGUUUGUGUGCGUGUGCGUGUGUGCUUACAAAAUCUGCUAUAUGAUAUGUAUGGUAGUUAUGAUGUACGAUACUUGGCGUGGGACACUUUUUUAGUCUGCUUUAGUUAAGUUAGCUAUGUGUCAUUGUGGCUAUUAAUAUCAGAUUCAAGGAGUGGUAUUUGCAAUAAAAAUAAAUUAUAAAAAAUAAAAGAAAUUACAAAUUUUAUAAAGA